AAAGAUAAAGAAUCAAAUAAAUGAAAUGACUAGAAAACAAUGAUAAGAUUAGAGCAAACUCAAAGAUGGUUCCUUGAUAGAUUCUGCAGGCAGUACUAGAGGUGAUGCUAUAAAUUGAGAAUAAUUGAGAGAUUAUAUUGAUAUUAGGGUAAUCGUACAAGAUUUCCAUUGAAUUACAAAUGAGGGUUAGAAGCUAAUUUAUACUAAAUAUAAUGUAUCUAGGGUUAGCCGUCGUAAUCUUUUGAAGAUAUCUUGCUUGCCUUUCUUGUUACUGCGUUAUUGGAGGUAAUAUUCUAAUCGACCUUGAUUUCUUUCCUUAGUUAUGCGAUUGUAAUUGAUCUCGUUGCUUGAUUGAUUGACGAGUUGAUGGACUGCUAUUUUAGGCGUCUUCGUUUGCUCUUAUGUGGACUUGAUUGCCACGUCAUCAAAGCCCAAAUUUUGUACAAGGAGAGACUUACCAUUGCCCAAAAGACCGGUGGUAGUCUCUAGAUUGACAAAGGAAGAACAAGAGAUUUUGGGGAGCUUACUUAACUUAACCUGUUUUAGCUUAGCUUGCUAGCUGCAACAUUGAGUGUAUUUUGGGUGCUAAUAAAUAAUAAUCUCUCAUCACAAGGAUUAGUAUUAGUUUACUACUUGAGCAAUAUUUAUUGCAUUAAAAGCAAAAAAAGUCAAAGCCUUCCAUUACAAUUUACAAACAUUUCCACCACUUCCCUGCAUUUCUAAUUUAGGAAUAUAAAUAAAUAAUUUCAGGAUUACUAUCUUUUGUUCUUUCAUUUCUUUUAAAGCAAGAAAGACGAAAGAUGUAACACAAACUAUUCAAUUACUUGUUCUGGUUAUACUCAAACAUGGAUGUAUAAAAAGAAAGUCACACACAGAGAAAAAGAUCGAAAUGAAGAUCGAGGAAGCUAGAGAGAAAUUAAGCGAAUGAAGUGGCAUAAGGAGGAGCUAGAUGUGAUCCUGGUACCAGUAGGGUUAUUAUUGAUGUUUGGAUACCAUUUAUAUCUGUUAUACAGAUACCUCAGAAGAUCAGAAGAUACUACUAUUGGCUUUGAUAACCACUGUCAGAAAAUAUGGGUCCAGAAACUUAUGCAGAUUGAUGCAAUGAGUAGAGGCCCAGCCUUCACAGUAAUGAGCAGCACAUUAGUUUCUGUAAAUUUCAUGGCAUCAACAUCUUUAACCCUAAGCUCUUUGAUUGGUGCAUGGAUUGGAACCUCAACUUCCUCCAGAAAUGAAAUAGUGGGAAGAAUGAUAUAUGGAGACACAGGACUAACAAUCAAUUCCAUCAAAUACAUUAGCAUCCUCUUAUUUUUCUUGCUUGCUUUCGCGUCUUUUAUCCAAUCUUCAAGGUGUUAUGUCCAGGCUAACCUUCUCAUAAGUAUGCCAAAGGCUCAAGUCCCUAUAGAAUAUAUCGUCGAGGCCUUAAUUCACGGUGGAAAUUUUUGGCAGGUGGGUUUAAGGGCUAUUUACUUUGCUAUAACAAUGUUAAUGUGGAUGUUUGGUCCGAUCCCUAUGUUCAUUUCCUCCGCUGCAACGGUUGCUGUUUUGUAUGUUCUUGAUGUUAAUAACAACUACUUGUAUGAUUUUAACGAGUCAAGUGAUAAACAAGAAGAAAGAAACAAAUCUGUUAUGAGGGGUUUUGAGCAACUGGGUAGUAAUUGUGGAGUCCAAGCAACACCAUUUUCCACAACAAUAUUUUCUGCUGCUGUUGUUUCCUGAUGAAUUAAUCAAAUACUCCAUAAGUUCCUUUUUUAUUUGGCCGUCUCAAUACUAUUAGAAGCAUUUUAUAUUACAGACAUCACCAAAAAUUCAAAGUAUAUAUUAGUUAGUAUGAAAGUGUAUGAUAUUUUUAACUCAAUUUCUUAAAUCCGAGUUCUAAUGAAAUGUUACAUAUUUAGAAACACAUGAAAUAUCAUUUAUCUUUAAGUACUCCAUGUAUAUGAAGAACGUUAGCAUGAGAUUAUUAAGCCUU